AUGGAUUUUCUCGAGUUGGAGGCUGUCGAAGGUCUCCGAUGGUCAUGGAACACCUGGCCUGCUUCCAAAUCGGAAGCCACUGCUCUGAUCAUCCCUCUCAGCAUCAUGUGCACGCCAUUGAUGCAGGCCACUGAGCUUCCUGUGCUUCCCUACGAUCCUCUCGUUUGUACUCGAUGCAACGCCGUUUUGAAUCCUUAUGCUCGUGUCGAUUACCAAUCUCGGAUUUGGCACUGCCCUUUCUGUUUCCAUAGGAAUCCCUUUCCUCGUUCGUACUCGGGUAUCGGUGAGACCAAUCUUCCUGCUGAACUAUUUCCUACCUAUAGCACUGUUGAGUAUGCACCCGGCAAGAAAAUUAUGAGCCCGAAAGCGAAUAAUGGAUCCAGUGUCAACUUAAACCGUACUUGGGGCAAUGGGUUGUCUUCUUCUUCCAAAUCUUUAUCGUCUGUAGUUUCUUCUUCAUCGCUGGCCUCUUCUUUCUCUUCUGCUUCGGUUCCUGGUGGUGGUGAUUCGCGUGGGAUUGGACCAGCAUUUGUGUUUGUUGUGGAUAUCAGUUCUUCUGAGGAGGAGCUUCAGCCGCUGAAGAAUGAGCUAUUGCUGGUUCUUGAGCAGUUGCCUGAGAAUGCUUUGGUCGGAUUGAUUACAUUUGAUUCAAUGGUCUAUCUUUAUGAUUUGGGAUAUUCAGAGUGUUCAAGAAUGGUAUUGUUUCACGGGGGUCGUGAAGUUUCAUCAAAUCAGGCCAUGCAAUUUCUCAAUAUUCGCCACAACUCAAAAAUGCAACUUGGAAAAAUACCAGUCAUCCCUAAGCAGGGAUAUAUAUUGCCAAUUUCAGAUUGUGAGUUUAACAUGACUAAUGCAGUUGAGGAGAUCCACUCUACAAGGAAUCUUGUUUCACGCAGCCGCCCUCCAAGGUCCACAGGGGCAGCCAUAUCAGUUGCACUUGCGCUCUUAGAGUGUUGCCUGAUAAAUACAGGAUCAAGGAUCAUGGUCUUCACAUCAGGUCCAGCAACCACAGGACCAGGACUGGUUGUUGAUUCUGAUUUUGGACAUGCCAUCAGAACCCACCAGGACAUCAUCAAUGGCCGAGCACCGCACCAUGGAAAAUCUUGCAGUUUCUACAAGCGAGUGUCGAGGAGGCUCUCCGAUGCAUCUGUUGUGCUUGAUCUGUUUGCUUGUUCCCUUGAUCAAGUUGGAGCAGCUGAAUUGAGAGAACCUGUUGAACUUUCAGGCGGAUUUAUGGUGCUUGCCGAGUCAUUUGAAUCAGACCAAUUCAAGAAAUGUCUGAGGCACAUCUUUAAACGCGAUGAUGAAGGCUAUUUGAAGAUGAAUUUUGAUGCAACUAUUGAACUAGUUACCACCAAAGAUGUGAAAAUCUGCGGAGCUCUUGGUCCUUGUGUGUCCCUUAGGAAAAGAAACAAUUUAGUUAGUGAAGCUGAAGUUGGAGAAGGUGGAACCUAUAUGUGGAAGUUAAAUACACUCACUGACAAAACUUGCAUUACUUUUUUCUUCCAAGUGAGUGAUGACCAGAAAGCUCAGCCGGGAUCUGCAUUUUUCAUUCAGUUUAUAACAAGGUACAGACAGGGGAACAUGGGAUUUAGGAAACGAGUGACAACUGCUGCAAGACGAUGGGAGGGGAACCAAUCCACAGAUGUGACUGCUGGGUUUGAUCAAGAAGCAGCUGCCUCCGUAAUGGCAAGACUUGCCAUUCUCCGGGCUCAGACAUGCUAUGCCCGUGAUGUCAUUAGAUGGCUGGAUGACUCGCUUAUCCGUUUUGCUUCUAAGUUUGGGGACUACGUUCCAGAAGAUCCUUCUUCCUUCCGCCUAUCUUCCAACUUUUCACUGUUUCCCCAAUUCAUGUUCCAUUUGAGACGAUCCCAAUUUAUUGAUGUCUUCAACACUACUCCUGAUGAAACUGCAUUUUUCCGGCUUAUGCUAAACCGUGAGGGAGUAGUGGGCUCUCUUAUAAUGAUCCAACCUACACUUUUCCAGUAUUCACUUGAUGGCCCCCCAGUACCAGUACUUCUUGAUGUUCGCUCCAUUUAUCCUGAUGUCAUCUUGCUCUUUGAUUCUUACUUCCAUGUUGUGAUUCAUUAUGGAUCCAAGAUUGCUCAAUGGAGGAAACUUGGUUAUAACAAGGACCCAAAUCAUGAAAACUUUAGAAAGCUGCUUGAAGCUGUAGAACUAGACGCUGAGCAACUGGUGGUUGAUCGGGUGCCAGUGCCAAAGCUUAUAAAAUGUGAUCAGCAUGGUAGUCAGGCUAGGUUUCUUCUCGCCAAGUUGAAUCCAUCUGUAACUCAAGAGUCAACAUACACUGAAGGGUCAGAUAUAAUCUUUACGGAUGACUUGAGCUUGCAAGUUUUUCUAGACCACUUGCAGGUCCUUGCAGUGCAGAGUUGAUGAACAUUAUUUAGGAUUGUUCUGUAUGGUCACUUAAAAAGAGCUAAACUGUAAAUAACUGUCAAUGAAGAGAUCUCUCAGGUUUUCAGCAAGAAACUGUUUUGCGGCUUUGAAGUUGUAAAUUAUCCGAUUUCUUUAGCAUACUGAGAAUAUAAAUUUGUCAACUUUGAUGAUUUUGAAGUUUUAGCUUCGUUAAA